AGAGGAGAGCUGCUAGUUGUUGACAUUGCUCUCCAAGUUUGUACUUUGUGUUGCACACACAGAAAUGGACGACCAGGGAUGUCCGAGAUGCAAAACAACCAAAUACAGGAAUCCGUCUCUGAAGCUGAUGGUGAACGUCUGCGGCCACACGCUAUGCGAGAACUGUGUGGAGAUGCUGUUUGCGCGUGGCUCGGGGAACUGCGUGCAGUGUGACACGCCCCUGAGGAAGAGCAACUUCCGCGUGCAGCUUUUCGAAGACCCGGCUGUCGAUAAGGAGGUGGAGAUUCGCAAGAAGGUGCUGAAGAUAUACAACAAGAGAGAUUUUGACUUCCCCAGUCUGAGAGAAUAUAACGACUACUUGGAGCAAUUGGAGGACACAGUGUACAACCUGACCAACAACAUCGAUGUGGAGAGCACCAAGCUGCAGAUGGAGCAGUACCAGAAGGAGAACAGAGAUCUCAUCCAGAAGAAUAAGGUUAAACUGACAAGAGAGCAGGAGGAAGUGGAGGAGCUGAUCUUGUUGGAGCAGCAGGGCAAUGAGCAGCGGAGACUGGAUUUGCUGCAGGAGGAGCAGAGGCAGCUCCAGGCCAAGAGGAAGAACAAACAGGCUCUGCUGGAUGAACUGGAGCAGUCUCAACUUCCUGCCACCAUCUUGCUCGCCCAACACAAGGUCCGUGCUGCCAAGCUGGAGACCCAGAUAGAGCAGCAGAAACAGACCGUCAAACCUACCAGUCUAUUCUCAACUGGAAUCCAUAUGCAUCAGACGGUGUCUCUUCAGCCUCCUCCCAAGAUAGAGGAAGUUCUGUACCUCUACAAGCCCCUUCAAGUUGUGACAUACGGACCCCCGGUGCCUGAGCUGGAGCAGCUGGGCAGACUUGGGUAUCUGAACCACGUGCGGGCCGCCAUGCCUCAGGACACAGCUGGAGGAUACACCUCAGCGUUGGCGUGUCAUCGAGCGAUUCAGGAUGCGUUCAGUGGGCUGUUCCCUCUGAAGCGCUGAGCACAUGCAGAGCUCCACCAGCCACUGGUUAGAAAUGUGACUAAAAAGGACAAUAAAAGCCACACCGCUACCACCAUGGGGAGAGGGCAACAGCUGCUGUGGUAGAUGGUGCCAUGACAGGUUUUUCCAUCAAGGUGUAUAUUACUUUUUUAUAUUUUGUCUUAAUUUUAUAUUUAAAUAAAUCACAAUGAACACUGAAAAGCUC